GAAAAUUGUUUAUACCUUGUCCUCUCCCAUACAAAGUUCAUCUCAAAAUAAGUUGGAUCAAUCGCGCUCGUGUUAGACUUUAGAGCGUCUAAGAAGCUGUAUAGUGUUUAAUAACAGCAUCUUUGUCCUGUAGGAGCUACUGGUUUAUUCAGACGCCGGCCUUUUGCGUCGGUGUAACCAGUUUUUGUCCUGAGUCUUGCUAAGGCUUGCUCCAUUGCUGCAUUCUUCAUUAUGUACGUUCCCAAUGGAGUUCCCCAAUAUCUAGAACUUUAUUGUUAUCCUCUCCGCAUUUUAAAACUUCGAAAAAACCCCGUUUUUGUUGUCUUAACUCAAAGUGAUAUUUUGAUAUACCAAACCCAUCCAAUAUCUCCCCUUUUUUGUUUUAAAAAACCAAAGGCAAGUGUUUUAAAGCAUGGUUCUAAUAAUGGUCUUGCUUUUGACAGUGAUUCUAUGACAAUUGCCGUCUCUACAGACAAAAACUAUGUCGUACUGUUCCGACUUCAAUUCGAUGUCGAGGAACAGUCGCUACGUCCGUCAUCCUCAAAAACGGUGCCUAUGGAAGGGCCAGGUGAGUGUCUGGGGACAAUUAAAUGUGUUGUUCGUCACAGUCUUACUCUACGAUAUGAUUCUGGGAUUUCCUGUAUUUUUGCCCGGAAAAACGUCUUACUGUGUGCUGCUAAGAAUGUUCCUGUGUUAAACGCUGCACAUUACAAUGCUAAUGACAGUAAUGAUGAACAAAAACAAAAAGUGUUGACGAAAGCCAUUGACUUCUCACAACAGUCCUGGUAUAUUUCGAAGGACACGCAUAUCCAAAAACUGUUUUACGAUGAGAGCAUGGGGCUCUUUCUUUUUGUAACAGCUAAUGGUUUUGUAUAUACAUGUUUUGAUCUUUUUUCACAGCUCAAAACGAAUGAUGAUAAAAAGGGAGUAAACGGCAUUUGUGUCCAUAAUCCCAAUACGGAAUACGCAAACGAUUGUUUGGGAAAUGCCACGGCAAUUUCCGUAAACUCAAAGUUUUCAUUGGCGUAUGUCGGUACGGAAAAGGGCUAUGUGUGUGCCUAUCAAAUUCGCGACUUUGGUCGAACGUUCGUUCUCAGCCGUAUUCAUAAACCGUGUACAACAGUGCAACCAGUGUUUCAUCUAGAUACAAGUCCUGAUGGGUUCCAACUAUUAGCUGGUUUUGGUGAAUCGUGGUUUACUUACACGCCUUACUUACGGCCGGUUUCAAAUAAUACCUCUUUCGGAAGUGGUUCUUUUGGGGUCGUGGAUGGUUUUUGGGAUCUGGACGGAACAUCUUACUGUUGUUUAGAGCAGUGGAAGCCAAUUGCAAAUGACGAUGGAUCGUCUGCUAUUGCACCCGUUGCGCGUACGGCCUCCAGUACAUGCAUGACCAUUAUCCCAUUCCUACGGAAUACUAUUGCUUGUGGAGUACAAACGGCCCUUCACUUGUCUGCUCUUCAUACAACAGAUCGCAUUUUUAUCCCAAACACAUACUACACCUAUGCUUCCGAUGUUGACAAUUUUGGUGUCAAUUCAUGGAAGCAAGUUGAGUACCCACCCGAUUACAUUUGUCUUAACUGGCCAAUUCGUCAUGUUGCUUUUGACCGCGCAGGUGAGUAUGUUGCUAUCGCUGGUCGGUACGGCUUCGCAUACUGUAAGAUACAUGCGAACAAGUGGAAGAUGUUUCAUGAUGAAUUAGCUGAGCAGUCGUUUACGGUUACAGGAGGGAUGGUAUGGUAUCACAAUUUUCUUGUAUGUGCUGUGCGGACUGGCAACGGCCUAGAACUGCAGCUUUACUCGCGUGACAGGGAUCUUCUGAUCGAAAAUAUUCAAAGUCGUUUACCCGUUACUGCCCCAAUACUUACAAUUUCACGAGAUGGACCUCAUUUGCUAGCGUAUACAUCGGACAAUACGCUUUAUCACGUACAAAUUGUAGUGGAACGCGGGAGCGGUAAACUUCAAUUUGUGAGUAAAGAGGACUUUAAUAAUGUUUUCCCUACGCCUUAUCGGAUUCGGUCUUUAUCGUGGUUUUUGCCAGACUAUGCCAAAAAAUUUCCUCCAAAGCAAUUUCUUUCCUAUGCUAUAUUUAUCAUUUUGAUUGAUGGCAAACUCAUUAUCCUUACAUCUGACAAAAAGGGCACGGAAAAAAGUGUAUAUUACCAAAGUUAUAUACUGUGUAAAAACGUCGAGUUUUAUUUAUACAAUGACAAAGAGACGCAUGAAGAGGCUAGUUUAUACACGCAUUCCCUUUGGGCUAUAACGGCUGAUGGUCUGAAAGUUUGGCUAAACUUUUAUGAGCUACUUCACGUUUUUUGUCUAAAAAAGAAUACCGCUGGCGACAAUCUUGGAUCCAUUGAAGAGGAUGUUUCGUCAAACUUUGACAAAUUACAGUUAUCCAGUCCUCCACUUACAAGUGAGGUGCUUGUUUCUUCAGACGCUACCAGUGAUCGGUAUACACACUCAAGAUCUUCAAGCAGCAUAUAUUUCGGACCCAAUUCCCCGCUACCUAAGACGCUAACUGAUUUUCAAGCAGAAACAGAAAUGCGAAACCGCGCCAUCGUCUUGAACCUGACGGACAGCUUCAUGUCCAUCCUGUUGAUUAAUGGACUACUCAUGAGCUAUACAUCCGACUACCGAUCUACGAAUACUAGUGGCCUGUCAUAUGCUAACGUUGAGGUAUCCGUAAAACCAUUUGUUCCUUCACUUGCUCUAGGGUUGCUGAAAGCUGGUGAGGAAGCUGAAUCUAUCAAAAUACUGAGCAUGUUCCGUGACCAAUCUUAUGGAACCUAUUUACUCGAAAUGAUGUUACAACAAGUGGUCGUGAGUCAAGAAGAGGGGAACACAACUUGGUUAUUGUCAUCCGUUGCCCGAGUUCUUGAGCGUUUUCCCAAGCAAAAGUGGAAUGUCGUUGCGAAUUGCAUUCGCAAAAUUGAAAUGAAAUUUUGGCCGAGUAUGUUUAAAGUGUUUGGGCAACCAACGGACAUUUUUCAAAACGCUUUGCAAGAGGAUAACAUACUUGCUGCUCAGGAAUGUCUUCUUGUUCUGCACGUGCAUGAUGGAAUCUCCAAACACUGCAAGGAAAUGCUGCAGCUGUUACAGCAAGUGCAACAGCAGAAACAAACGGACGUUAUGAAUGGAUUAAUAGAUUACUUAUCAAUGCUAGACGUCGAAGGAGUUAUGAGCAACAUUCUUCGCCAAGCGUGCAAAACCAUGCAAUCGUCGUUGGACUCGGGAAUGUCCACAGAAGUUUGCGAUCAAUACACACACGAGCUCGAAGCUCGAGCUCAAGCGUUAGACCUGUAGGAAAACCUGACACAUAUACAAAAAGGGACAGCGAAAUCAUAGACUCGUAAAGCAAGCUACAUGCAUCACAAUCAUUUUCAUAAUCAAUUCAUGCAUUUCUAGAGUGUAA